AUGGAUGUGUUGGAGGUGUUCGGAGGUGGAUGGAGGUGGAUGGAUGUGUUGGAGGUGUUCGGAGGUGGAUGGAGGUGGAUGGAUGUGUUGGAGGUGUUCGGAGGUGGAUGGAGGUGGAUGGAUGUGUUGGAGGUGUUCGGAGGUGGAUGGAGGUGGAUGGAUGUGUUGGAGGUGUUCGGAGGUGGAUGGAGGUGGAUGGAUGUGUUGGAGGUGUUCGGAGGUGGAUGGAGGUGGAUGGAUGUGUUGGAGGUGUUCGGAGGUGGAUGGAGGUGGAUGGAUGUGUUGGAGGUGUUCGGAGGUGGAUGGAGGUGGAUGGAUGUGUUGGAGGUGUUCGGAGGUGGAUGGAGGUGGUGGAUGGAGGUGGAUGGAUAUAGCAGCAAUCCAAAUACUGAACAAAAGGGCUCCUGGGACUCGGAGAACUUCUGGCUUGAUCCUUCCGUGAAAGGCCCACUGGAGACCAAGGAAGAGGAUAAUGGAAUUCGGAAAUCCCUGGACAAAUUCUAUGAAGCAUUCGGUCACCCAGUGCUGGGAUCUGGGGACCGGCUCUCUGUAUCUGUCUGCCAGUGCCUGUCUCAGAAAAUCACUGAACUCAGGCACCAGGAGAGCCAAAAGUAUGCUCGCCUCAGUUUUCAGAUGGCCAGGGUCAUCUUCAGUCGUGAUGGCUGCUCUGUUUUACGAAGGCGUUCCAGGAACACCUGCUUCUACCCUCUGGAGCAAGGAGGCAGCUCUGUGGAAAAUGAAAAGCUGACCCCAGGACUUUCAAGAGAGAUUAUUCAUUUCCUCUUGCAGCAGCCAGUGAUGAAAGACUUCUAACUGGUGCUGGAGGUGAGAGCAGGCAGUGUGGGAUGGGAAGUGCUGUUACCUGCCCCUCAGUCCCUGGGAGUCUCCUGGCAGCUGUUUGUGCUCAGCUCAAAGCUGCAUGCUUUGCAGAGAGAGGUUUGAACCUGCGACUUGUUCCUGGAACCAGUCUGCCCUCAGGGCUGUGGCCACUCCACCUCCCAUACCCCACGAUUCACCUUGAUCAAGGCUGCUACUGACCAGAGGGUUAGGAGUCCAGCCCAGCUUCCUUUCCUACAUCUGUGCUCUGGGGCUCUCUCCUGGGGACCAGGCCAAGGCUGGGACUUGGCAGGAAAUUGUUUCCUUGUUCAGUUUCCUCCCUUCCCCCUCCUCCUCCUCCCCCUCACCUCCUGGUGUCUCUGGGGCCUUUCCUUAAUAAAUCUCUUAUAUCUGCAUCCUUGAGUCAGUCUACUCCUGGGAGAACAAGCCUAAGCCUUCUGGGAGAUGAGUGUUUUGAGGAUAUAAAGCUGAA